AUGAAGCUCUGGGCUGCGUUGUGUGUCCUGUCCCUCUGCUGGAGCUGCACCCACGCGUGGAAGGAUAAUUCCUUCGUUCGAAUCUCUCAGUCCAUAGCCUCCUCCGCCAACUUGUCCCAUUACUGGAUCUGUCAUGUCCAACCUUCCUCCGGGCUUGAUUCUGCUGACCCUCUGGUCAUGCCCGUUUUAAAUUUCUCUCAGGUCCCGAGUUUCCAAGUCACUUAUGACAUGAAAUUCCCUCGUGCUGUUUACCGAGUGAGGCUUGUUAGCUAUGAAUUUCCUGUCCCUUGUUUCUUCCUCACCCCACCUGAGAGCUUGACAGCCAUGGUUUCAGGUAAAUACUGUAAAGAGCCCGAAUCCUCGGGGCACAAGAAUUUGACCACGCCCCAUGGAAGAACUACUGUUGCUUGUCAGUAUAAUAAGACAUAUUUCACGGACCCAGUUUCUCUCCCUUUGAUUCGACAACGAUGUGCAAAUCUGUCCUCUGCCUACGCUUCUACUGAACUGUGCAGAACCUGGAGGGAUCAAAACGCGACGUACCUGAAGGGCACCCCCACCCCCUUACAGAGUUGCCGUAUGUCUCCAUCAUGGACCCUGCCUCGCACUGACCCCUGGUUAGAAAACAUCUUGAGUCACCUUCCCCAGGGGGAUAGCCUUAAUUUUCAGAAUAUGACUGGAAUCUUAUGUGCUCCCAUGGGGUACGUUUUUGUUUGUGGAUCCCAAAAUGAGGCCUGGGCCUAUAAAUGCCUUGACAGUUGGCAUGUUGGUGGAACCUGCCUAUUGGGCUACUUGGUAACCCCAUUCUCUGUCCAGAAUGUUCGAGAAACUGUCCAUUGGACCAGUUCCCUCACUCUACUCACUAGGAUUGCUCGGGACCUCCCUGAGGGAGACAGUUAUUUCUUUGGCUACACCUUCCUUCCUUGGUGGGAUGUGGCAGCUCAUCAACAUGUACUGAGGAACCUAUCAAAAACCUUAGAUGUUAUUGCAAAUGAAAUGGCUACCACCCUUACUGGGCUGCAAACGUCCUUGGAUUCUCUUGCUAAAGUUGUACUUGAUAAUCGUUUAGCUUUAGAUGAUAUGCUAGCUGAAGGUGGAGUCUGUACUGCUGCUAACACUACUUGCUGUACAUCUAUCAAUUCCUCUUCUGAGGUAGAGACUCAUAUUGCUAAAAUCGGACAACAGGCUACUCGGCGCCAACAAACCUUAGGACAUCAGAGCAGAACAAAGUUAGAUAGAGUGCGAAACUGGUUCACAAAACUUUUCUCGAGGAAACUGAAUGGGUUACAGUCGAACCUAGGUAGUAUUCUCAAAUUAUGUCUCAUUCUUCUUCUUAUAGUUAUGUUAUUCAUAAUAAUUAUGUACUGUAUAAUUAAGACCUGUGCUAAGAAGGCUAAGACUCCUAAGACAAAUAGGGAAAUACCCAUGGUAAAUCUCUAA